GUUUGGUCAGCGGCGGGUCUCGUGGCCGUCGCUCUUCCGCCACUCUCCGCCCCCUCCCCCUUGGAAGUGUACCAGCAGGUUGCUGGGGCGUGUGCUUGUUCAUGUGAUGCAUGUGAAGAGCCUCAAGAAAAUGAGGGCGACAUAUCACCGCCGCAAACAACCAUCAACAUGAGCCCUUCAUUCCCCCCUCCCCCUGUGCUUUCUUCCUUCUCUUUCGCACCCGCCGUGCAGCUUGUCAUUGCUCCGAGUGUGUCAAUCCACCGCUCCUCUACGGGUGUGGCGUUGACGAUGGACAAGCGAGAGGCAGGCGCGGUGGAAUGA